UCUCGCGAGAGCGCGCCGGCGCGGAAGUGCCGCCGGGAACCCACGUGCGGCCGGGUCGCACCGUUCCCGUUCCCGUUCCCGCCGCCAUGGGCCGGACCCGCCGCAGACACAACUGGAAGGCGCGGCUGCAGCACAGCCCCGGGCAGCCCCCGCCCGCCGCGCCGCCGCUGGAGCUGCCGCUGGAGCUGGGAGAUGAAGCAAAGCUGAAGGGAAUUGAUGGAAGCAAUGCCCUGGUCCUGCCAGCAACAAAAGCAAAGAAGAAAAAGGCAGCCUGUGUUGUCCAAAAACAGAAGAAACCCUUGAGCAAGAAACAGAAGAAAAACCUGCAGAAAGUUUUAGAGCAAAAGGAAAAGAAAAAACAGCGAGCUGAGCUGCUGAGCAAGCUGAAUGAGGUCCAGGCUUCCGAGGCAGAAAUGAAGCUCCUGUACACAACUUCCAAACUGGGUACCGGGGGGCGCAUGUAUCAAAUUAAAAGGGUGAUGCAGGAGCCGGGGGCUGCCAUACCCGAAAACAUCCGGAGCAUCAGCGGCGCAAACAAGAGGAGACACAGCUCAGAGUCGGAGCCUGAGGAAGAGCCCAGCAGCUCUGAGGAGGAGAUGGAAGAGCAGAGAGAAGAAACUGGAGCAUCCUCAGGCGGUGGUUUGAGUGCUGCUGGAAAGCCGGAGGAAGGCGCGAAGGCAGCGGUUGUGCCCCAGCAGCCGGCGGGUCCCCGGGCAGCCCCCAGCAAACCGCCCUGCAAACCCGCCGUUUUCGUUCCCGUGGACAGGUCUCCCGAGAUCCAGGAAGCGAGACUGAAGCUUCCAAUCCUCGCCGAAGAGCAGGUCAUCAUGGAGGCCAUCAGUGAGAAUCCCAUCGUGAUCCUCUGUGGGGAGACGGGAAGCGGUAAAACCACACAGGUGCCCCAGUUUCUCUAUGAAGCUGGCUACGCCAGCUCAAGCGGUGUGGUUGGGAUCACGGAGCCCCGGCGUGUGGCUGCCGUGUCCAUGGCCCAGCGCGUCGCCAAGGAAAUGAACCUGUCAAACAGAGUGGUUUCGUACCAAAUCCGAUAUGAGGGCAACGUUACAGACGAAACGCAAAUCAAGUUCAUGACGGACGGUGUGCUGCUGAAAGAGGUUCAGAAGGACUUUCUGCUUUCCAAGUACAAAGUCAUUAUUAUUGACGAAGCCCACGAGAGGAGCAUGUACACAGAUAUCUUGAUCGGCCUCCUGUCUCGCAUCGUGCCCCUUCGGGAAAAGAAGGGGCAGCCGCUGAAGCUGAUCGUCAUGUCGGCCACGCUUCGUGUGGAAGAUUUCACCGAUAACAACAGGCUGUUUGCUGUGACGCCUCCUGUGAUUCAGGUAGACGCACGGCAAUUCCCCGUAACCGUUCACUUUAACAAGAAGACUCCCCUAGACGACUACAGCGGGGAGUGCUUCCGAAAGGUGUGUAAAAUCCACCGCAUGCUGCCCCCAGGUGGGAUUUUGGUGUUUCUAACAGGCCAGGCCGAAGUUCACUCUCUCUGUAGAAGACUAAGGAAAGCCUUUCCGUUCCAAAAAACCAACACCGCAGGAGGAAAUGAUGACAGAGAAGAAUCAGUGGAAGAAAUGAGAAAAUUUAAGAAAUCGAGGAGGCGGAGGAAAGUUAUGACACUCCCCAAAAUUGAUCUGGACAAUUACUCUGUUGUACCAGUGGAUGAAGGAGAUGAAGACAGAGAUGCUGAAAGCGAUGACGAUGUUGCAGGGUCUGAUAUUGACCUGGAUUUAGGAGAUGGAGACUCAGAAGAAGAUGAGAAAUCUGAUUCGUCCCUUCCACUCUAUGUGCUCCCACUUUAUUCUUUGCUGGCACCAGAGAAACAAGCAAAGGUAUUCAGGGCUCCACCUCCUGACACAAGACUGUGUGUCGUAGCCACCAACGUGGCCGAGACGUCGCUUACCAUCCCAGGCAUCAAAUACGUGGUUGACUGUGGAAAGGUCAAGAAACGUUUCUACGACAAAAUCACCGGGGUUUCGUCUUUCAGAGUCACCUGGAUAUCUCAGGCGUCAGCGGACCAGCGGGCAGGUCGGGCUGGCCGGACAGAACCAGGGCACUGUUACAGGUUAUACUCUUCAGCAGUCUUCAUGGACUUUGAGAAAUUUUCUGCUCCAGAAAUAACAAAGCGACCGGUAGAAGACUUGAUUCUGCAAAUGAAGGCAUUAAAUAUAGAAAAGGUGAUCAACUUCCCGUUCCCAACACCACCUCCCACAGAAGCACUUGCAGCAGCUGAGGAGUUGCUGAUAGCCCUGGGUGCCUUGAAGGAACCCCCCAGGACGGGAAGGCUGAAGCAGCAGCUGGCAGCAAAGCUGAGUUGCCCUAUUAGUCCCCUUGGUAGAAUAAUGGCCACUUUUCCCGUAGCCCCCCGCUACGCGAAGAUGUUGGCCUUGAGCAGGCAGCACGACUGCCUGCCGUACACCAUCACCAUAGUGUCUGCAAUGACUGUCCGGGAGCUUUUCGAAGAGUUCGACAGGCCAGCAGUAAGUGAGGAGGAGACAGCGAGACUGAAGGGGAAGAAAGCAAGGCUUCUGCAGAUGCAAAAGAUCUGGGCUGGGCAGGGGCCGAUGCAGAAGCUCGGAGACCUCAUGGUGAUGUUAGGAGCAGUGGGGGCCUGUGAAUAUGCUGGCUGUACCCGAAAAUUCUGUGAGGAGAAUGGGCUCCGAUACAAAGCCAUGCUGGAAAUCCGGCGCUUGAGAGGGCAGCUGACAACAGCAGUGAACUCAGUGUGCACUGAUGCCGAUCUCUACGUUGAUCCCAAGAUGAAGCCCCCAACGGAAGCUCAAGCAACUUACUUGAGGCAGAUCGUGCUGGCAGGGCUGGGGGAUCACAUUGCCCGAAGGGUUCAGGCAGAAGAGCUCCUGGACGACAAGUGGAAAAACGCCUACAAGACCGCUCUGCUGGAGGACCCCGUGUUCAUCCAUCCCAGCUCAAUCCUCUUCAGAGAGCUCCCAGAGUUUGUGGUGUAUCAAGAAAUUGUUGAGACUACAAAACUGUACAUGAAAGGUGUGUCCGCAGUCGAACCCGAGUGGAUUCCUGUCUUGUUGCCCCCAUACUGCCACUUUGGGAAGCCUCUGGAAAAUCCUCCUCCGUCUUACUGCCCCGAAACAGGCCGAAUUCGAUGUCACAGACCGAGUGUCUUUCAUCGAGUUAGCUGGGAGCUCCCGGCUGUGGAGGUGGAUUACCCAGAAGGUAUUGAUCGCUACAAAUACUUUGCCAGGUUCCUGCUGGAAGGAAAGGUAAUCGAAAAGUUGAGUUCUUACAGCCAGUGUCUGCUGUCCAGCCCCCUCAUAAUGCUGAAAACAUGGUCCAAACUUCAGCCCAGGACAGAAUCCCUCCUGCAGGCUCUAGUUGCAGAGAACUGUGAUAAUCGCGAUGCUUUAGUGGCUGCAUGGAAGAAAAAUCCUAAAUAUUUGCUCGCAGCCUUUCGUCAGUGGAUCCCUGAAGCCAUGCACGAUGAUCUAGCCAAGAACUGGCCACCGGUAGCACUGUGAAGUCCCUGACUCUGCUCUUGCUGGACUCCAUUUCUCCCAGAUGUUCCAGGAGCUUGGUUGACACAGAUGGACUUGUGAAUUGUUAACAGUACCUUUUUGUAAGCAAAUGGGGUGUUAUUCUGGUUCCCAGAAGCCCUACCAGCUGUUUUGCUGGUAUUUUGUAAUAUUGUUUGGAUAAUUUUAUCCAUUGUAUUUUACAGAUUGUCUUUUUCUAUCUGAACUUUCUCUUUGGACUAUAUUAGUCAUAUGGACUGUAUUAAAGAUGUACAGUUGUUGGUUUGGA